GACACAGCUUCCCACCAUUCUACUAGCUCACUGAGCUCUCUUUUCCCCUUCUUGCUAACAAUUAUGACCAUGGCUAGUCCAUUCGGCGUCUUUGUUUGUCUACUCAUAGUGCUACCUCAAAUCCAGGCCGCUUCUAUCCCCUACAAUGGGACUGUACCUCUUCAGGGGUGUCAGAUCCCUUGUAUGACCGAAGUUAACUUGCACUUGUUCUUGCACCAAUUCGUCGAUGGACCAAACCAGCCAAACCGCAAUGAGGAAACCUUGCUCCAAACAAGUUUUCCUUUUGGGUUUGGGACGACGAUAGUUCAUGACUGGACUCUUACCGAGACAACAAAUUCCAAAGAUACAGUUGUUGCACGUGCACAAGGCGUGCAUGUCCAGGCUGGUUUAACCAAGGAUAAUAGAUGGUACAUGACUCAUAACAUAGAGUUUGAGCAAGGAAGGUUUGCAGGGUCUACCCUUCAGGUGAUUGGCAUAACAGCGGGUUUGGAAAGUGGCCAGUGGUCCAUUGUUGGUGGGACUGGUCAAUUCAUUAUGGCACAGGGUAUAAUAAGUUUCACAAAUCAUCCUGCCUCUACUUGGGAAGAUGGUAUUAAAGAACUUAAUAUCCGUGUACGCUACACGAAUCCGCAACCUGUAAGAAUAAUUCUCAAAAGUUUGUAUCCAAAUUGUAAUGUUCUACUUUUUGAAGGGAAACAAUAGGACAUUAGAGAGCACCCUACUAAAAAUGCAAUAAAUUAAGAAAUUUGUGCAUAUGCAAUGCAAAUGCAUUAUGUCACAUUCUAUUUUCAACAACACUAGA